AUGUCAGCACCAUUGCCAUACGAGAUUUUAUCGUACAUUGCAAAAUGCAUCGACAGAAACACUCAGUUGACAUGUGCAUUAGUCUGUAGACAUUGGACAGAACCAUUCCUCAACGCGUAUUGGAAUUUCCCAUUAAUCAACGGUACAGCAUUAAAGUCUCUUUGCAAAAAAACCAACCGAAACAACGUCCACCUUAGGAAUUUACAUCGUACACGGGGGUUAAAUAUCUACGACCUGACUGAGAAGGACAUGAAGAAUUUCCCAAAACUACAGCAAAUCUAUCAGAACAUAACCCGCAUCAAAUACACUGAAAGUACUCGAUUUGAGCCAAUCUUGAGCACUAUCGAUUGGGCUCCCUGGAAAACAGUUAUACACCUGGAGAUAGAUUAUGACUAUACUUGGACAGAUCCAGUCGAGGAUAUUCUGUUUAAACUAUCUGCAAUGCAUUCCCUAGUUCAUUUAAUAUUCGAUACAUCUUCAGCCCACAUGGACGAUCUAAAAGGGCUGCACUUAAGCUGGGGCGAUAUGGAGCAGCUUCACGGUCACUUUCCACGGCUAGAGUAUCUAGAGACCAACUGUCUACUUACCCCAAUGUCGUACAGAGUAUUGGAAAGAGUACUAGAAUUGCCUCCUGCAAGCAAUAUUAAACAUGUACGAUUUGACAACGAUGCCGUUUCUACACCUUGGAUGUUUUACUUUGCCUGCAAGUACCCAAAUCUAGAGACCAUGAGAUUCGUAGAGGGCGAUAGAGAACCAGAGGAUGUUGAAAGGGAUUUCCAGUCAAAAUACUACCAAGGUGACCUCCUCAUACUGUCAACCCUCGACCGAUUCUUUCCUUGUCUGAAAACAGCGCACAUAUUUACAGAAUCAUGGAACGGCUGGCCAUUUUCUCUAUUCACCAAGUCUCUUAAACAUUUUGGGGUGAAGCUAGAGUUUCUUGUCUACAAUCUAAACAUAUACAGCGCAGACUGGUUGGCUCUUUCAAAUGAAUGCUUGGAACAUGUAGCAAGCUCAAUAAGGAUUAUGUAUAUAAAAUGGGGAGAAAACAUGAUCGAUAAACGUAUUACAGACGAUUUCGUCUCAUGUCCGUCACUGAUUGAAUUGCACUUAUACACUCGGUCUCAAUUCGAAAUAGACGUUAUCCUGGAUAAAUGUCCAGAAUUACGGAUAUUUGAUAUUGACAUUGACGGAGGUGAUUGGUUCGAGAAUGGACAGCUACAGCUAGACAUGCCGUUCUCACAAUUGAGCAUCCUCACGCUCGCCGAAUUUUAUCACCACUACAAAAGAACCUUCAACUUAUUUGCUUUUGAACAGACCGGUGAUUCCAGUACCGACACCAGCGCCAAUCUGCUGGAGCAGACCGAUCAGCUACAAUUGCCUCACUUAAAAUGGUAUCACGUAUGUUUGGAUAGAUCCAGCGGAAAAGAAAAACCUGCUAUAUGGGAACUUGGGAGUCAGGACAUCGACUCUGUUAAGAAGUAUCAUGAAAACUAUUUUGAAAACAAACAGCACGACAUAAUACAAGAGGAAGAGCAGGAGAAGGCAAAGAAAACGUCUGAUACACGUCUGGUACCAAGAAGCGAUUGGAAAAGAGAUCUUCGGUGUGGCAUCAUUAUAGUUCGAGUUAAAUCUGUCGAAUACUUUAUUUUUGAAGGCGUUCCUGUGACACAUGAUCACUGA